AUGGAAAUGAUCCAGAGCCAUAAAAUCCGAUAUCCUUUGCCUUCUCUUUUGUUUCUCCUUUACUUCUUAUCCCUUCACAAGCUUCCCUCCUUAGCAUACACUGUUCCAGACAAGUAUUUCAUCAACUGUGGUUCAGACACCAAUAUUACUACUUCCGGUCGGAUCUUCGCUGGGGACUUGACUUCUGGGAAUUCAGCUUCCGUCACCUUUACAAGGCAGAGUAGUCCUGUUAAGGAUAUCGACAAGUCAACAGCCACACCACCUCUCUAUCAAACAGCAAGAAUUUUCAGGCAAAAAUCUUUUUAUGAGUUUGUGAUCAGCAGUGCUGGUACUUAUUUGGUACGACUCCACUUCUUUGCUUUCUCUUCAUCAGCUUAUCUCCCCACAGCUAUUUUCGAUGUUUCGGCUUCUAAAUUUUCACUGUUAGAUAACUUUAGUGUACCAAACAACCCCAACUCUCCUCUAAUAAAGGAAUUCUUUAUUAGAAUCAGUGUUGGUAAAUUCCCGAUAUAUUUUACUCCUCAACGAUCGUCUUUAGCAUUUGUUAAUGCCAUAGAGCUGUUUCUUGUCCCUGAUAAUUUCAUUCCUAGUGUUGCUCAACACAUAAGUCCUGCUGGAAGUAAUAGCGAUUACAAGGACAUAGUCUCAAAGGCUUUACUGACAAUUCACAGAAUCAAUGUCGGAGGCCUCACACUCACACCGGAAAAUGACACUUUAUGGAGAUAUUGGGUUCCAGAUGAUAGUUAUCUCUAUAGUCCAGACACUGCCAAGAACAGCAGAUUUUAUUCCAGUAAGCCUCGUUACGUGGAAGGAGCUAGCGAAUAUGUGGCCCCUGAUUUGGUCUACCAGACUGCCAAGGAGGUGAAUAUAAAUAGCACUAGGGCUUCAAAUAACUUCAACGUAACCUGGUCUUUUAAUGUGAGUAAGAAUUGCAAAAACUUUGUUCGGGUUCACUUCUGCGACAUUGUAAGUCCAUCACCUGGUGCUUUAUUGCGCUUUAAUUUCUAUAUCUAUAGCAACUUCAGUCUUCAAAUCAAUCCAUAUGGAAGCAUUAGCCAGUUGGCCGCUGCUUUCUAUUUUGAUUUUGUUGUAGACUCUGAUGAUUCUGGACUUAUAAAUAUCAGUAUUGGCCCACGUCAAGAUUCUGAAGAUCAAACUGCCUUUUUAAAUGGGCUAGAAAUAAUGGAGAUAAUGGGGGAACUAACACGGAGAAGUGAGCCCAAGAAGACUAGUAUCUUUGUUGUUGUCGGCUCAGUUCUCGGAGGUUUGAUUCUCAUCUGCAUUUUGGCAUUUGUUUUAUGCUUGCGUCGAUGCAGGAAACAAAAAGCUGUUGAAACUUUGGAUUGGUCACCGGCGCCAGCACACAGAGGACGGACCUCUCAUAGUACGGGACAGACGCCUGAAGGACCUAUCAUGGGCUCCUUAACGCCUAAUCUAAACCUUGGAUUGAAGAUAUCUUUCGCUGAAAUACAGUUUGCAACGAACAACUUCGACAUGAAAAAGAGAAUUGGUAACGGUGGAUUUGGGACAGUCUUUAGAGGAACUCUGAGUAAUGGCACUGAAGUUGCUGUGAAACGAAGUGAGCCAGGGUCACACCAAGGCCUUCCAGAAUUUCAAACAGAAAUAAUUGUUUUAUCUAUGAUUCGCCAUCGCCAUCUUGUUUCUUUGAUUGGGUACUGUGAUGAAAGUUCUGAAAUGAUACUGGUUUAUGAAUUCAUGGAGAAAGGAACAUUAAGGGAUCACCUGUAUAAUUCAGCUUUGCCUUCGUUGGCUUGGAAGCAAAGACUUGAAAUUUGCAUCGGUGCUGCAAAAGGUCUACAAUAUCUCCAUAGAGGAUCUUCUGGGGUAUUUAUACAUCGCGAUGUCAAGUCCACUAACAUUUUGCUUGAUGAGAACUAUGUGGCCAAAGUUGCUGACUUUGGGCUUUCAAGGUUAUUAGGUCCUCCAGAUCAAACUCAUGUCAGCACAGCUGUUAAAGGAACCUUCGGGUAUCUUGAUCCUGAUUACUUUAGGACCCAACAAUUGACAGAAAAAUCUGAUGUCUACUCGUUCGGCGUUGUUCUUCUUGAGGUUCUAUGUGCAAGACCUGCUCUCAAUACCUUGCUUCCACAGGAACAAGUAAAUUUAGCUGAGUGGGCAAUGUUCUGCAAGAACAAAGGAACACUUGAACAGAUUGUGGAUGCUUCUAUCAGAAGCGAGAUCAACCCCAAUUCUCUAACAAAAUUUGUUAGCACAGCAGAGAGAUGCUUGGAAGAAUAUGGUGCAGAUAGGCCUCAUAUGGGAGAUGUGCUGUGGGAUUUGGAGUAUGCAUUGCAACUACAACGAACUGCUAGGGCAAGGGAGCCACAUGAAGACAGCACAACCGAUGCUUCAGCCCUGUUAGCAUUGCCGAAUAUUCAAAAUCUUCCUUCUCUUAGCAUGUCGAUGGAGGGGGAUUAUUUGCCUAUGUUAGGAAAGGAUCACUCAAACUCAUUGGAAAUUGAAGUUUUCUCCCAAUUAAGAAUCGAUGAUGCCAGAUAA